AAUUACUACACAGUUUCCGCGCGCACGAUAGUGCUGCCCCCACACUACCGCUCCUUAUUUGCUUCUGACUGAAAGCUGUCAACCCAGAAGCGAGAGCAAAAAAACCCAAAACUUUUUUUAUUUGACAGCUACCAAACACGAAUUGUCAAAAAGUUUUCUGUUUAUAUUUUCCUUGAGUUAUUCAACCCGCGAUUUCUCGAUCCUGACCGUCCCGCAGUUGCCCAAAACUUGAUCCAAAUGCAACCAAAAUGGACGAGAAUCUCCUUCUACUCGAUUUCAGGCUACUGGUGGAUCGAGCCGCUGAAAUUCUAGGGAAACUAUCGACGGAUCAUAGGAUCGAGGCUGUAAAGUAUGGUCUGGCGACAGUUAAGGCGAAAUAUCCAGAUUUGUUUGAGCAAAUACGACGUGAAUACUGCGGCAAUGAAAGUGGGACUUCGCGCGGGGCUCUUCUGGCCAAGGCAGAGGACGAGCAUAUUUGGGACGCAGUGCAAAGGUCGAGGGUAGCGAGUGAGGUACUGUCCAAGGCGGACCUCAACCAGAACUUCGAGAAAAUCAUGUGUAAAGAAGAGAUGAAAUUCGACGAUGACGAUUUCGACGACCAUAUCCUGGCUUGUGGCAGUAGCGCAACGAGGCUAACAAACAAUUCUGACGACUGCAGUUCGAACGCGAGGCUUGAUUUAAUGAGAAUGCGCUUUCCGGACGAGUCGCAGUGCAACUCCCUAUUUCCCGCCACAACGUCAGAUGCGUCGUUAUCGUCGUUCUCGAUGAUCCCGUCCUACGGGUCCAUGGAGCGACUGAAAAAGCUAAGCCAGAAGCUACAGAACCUGCUCACUGGCCGCUUUCCGACGCAUCUACCCUGGAAGUGGGACCUGCGGAAGUUCAGCUUCUACACUCAUGACUUUUUCACGCAAUUUCUUCGUCGAGACGAAGACUUUAAUCGGAAUGCCUUCAGGCAACAAAUUCUUGCAGCAUUGGAAUUUGCUGUCGAUCACCGGAAGCCUUUUUUAAGAAAUUUUUUAAUUAAACUUGUGCUAUCUGGCGUCAUCAUACCGGGCGUUAGGCCACCUCCUAGGCAAAUUGAAGGAAUCUCACAAAGUGAAGUGUCCAACUCGGUGUCGCGCCCAGAAAAUUCAGUGUCCCCACUAUCAUCAUCAUGUAAUGGUGUUGUCAAAGAAUUCAUGGAUUUAGAGGAGUCCAGUGUAACGGAGGAGACAACUCAAAAUACAGACAGUUCCGAGGAAACCGCUCGCAUCGAGGCGGGCAGCCCAUUGAACAGUAUUCAGGCGGAAGUGCCGAAGGAUAAGGAGAACGGUGUUGCUUCACAGAAUGCUCGGAAACCGAAGGAUAAGCAAACGUACCAGUGUCUGCUGUGCCCGAAAACUUAUCGGAAACGGAAGUCACUGAUCGACCAUUAUAAAAUGCAUCCGGGGUAUUGUCACGAUUGCGGACGACCGAAUGGAACAGUUCUUGAGGAAAUAAUAGAGCACAAUCGAUCAUAUCAUGCAGACGAUUUUCCUUUUAUCUGUGAACUAUGUGGGGAAUCGUAUUCGCGGAGGCAACAGUUCCAUGCACAUGUUGAGGCUCAUAACAAAAAGGAUGUUAAAAGUUAUUCAUGCGGCGAAUGUGGAAUGGAAUUCCCACGUAAGAAAUUACAUCGCCAACAUUUAGAAGAAACUGGCCAUAAGCCGGAUGGUGCAAUAUGUGAGGUGUGCGGGGCUGGAUUCAAUUCAAAAAUUGGUCUAUGCCAGCAUAUGAAUCGCGUUCAUAAAAAGGAUAACUCAUUUGAAUGUCAUAUAUGUCAUAAUCGGUUUACGAUGAAAGCAAAUCUAGAGCGCCACGUUCAGUUGCAUACAGAAAUUAAACGGACAUAUGUUUGUGAUCAGUGUGGCUCGUCAUAUUUUACAUAUCCUGCAUUACGUGAACAUUUCAGUAAUGCACAUACCGAUGUUUCGGAGUGUAAGUGUACGUUGUGCGGCAAAACAUUUAGUUCAGUGAAAUCGUUGCAAAGGCAUCUUCCAUCACACUCUGAAGAGCGACCGCAUACAUGUAAUAUUUGUACUCAGACUUUCAAAUGGAAAACACAUUUAGUUAGACAUAAGCAAACGGUUCAUGGUAAUCAACCAAUGCCUAAAAAACUGAAACGCUUUGCUAAAUGUGAUGAAGAACUAGUACCUGUUGAUAUUCCUCCACCACCAGCCAAAGCAUCGCGAAAAUCUAAUUCUAAACCAAAGGCAACAUCAACAGCAGCGACAGCGAAAGCUUCCGGCGGAGCGAGUACAAAGUCGAAAACAUCAACACCAUCCAGCACCCCAACUACACCACAAUUAGAAUCUCAGAACAAUUUCGCCUUUCCAGUGACAGAGAAUCAUUUAACUUCACCCACAAUAACUCCUAAAAGUAAUCACUUGAUUGAUAUCAAUAGCUUUAAUGCUGGUGCUGAUAACUACCGGUUUGAACCAACUGCGUCGUACACUGCUUCGCAGCAGAUGACAAUGAAAACGGAGGCGCCACAAAUGACGUCUUUCGAUGGUCGUUAUCAGCAAGGAUCUCCACAUGCCCAGCAACAGCAAAUCCACGUACAAUCAUCGCAACAUCAACAUCUUCAUCAGGCUCAGCCGCAUCUUCAACAAGCGCAUCAUCAACAGCCACAAGCUCUCCAUCAUCAACAACAACAUUUACACCAACAUCAACAACCACAACUAUUGCACCAAGCAGCACAUCAUCACCAUCAACAACAGCAACAUCUCUCGAAUCAGAUACUUCAUUCUCAGCAACAAUCUCAUCACCAACAGCCACAAUCUCGAAUGCAAUCUCCUCGACGUCAUAUGCAAUCUCCACAUGGUUUAAUGCAAUCUCCGCAACCGCAUAUGCAAUCCCCGCAGCCGCACAUGCAAUCACCCCAACCGCACCUGCAACAGCCUCAGCCACAUAUGCGGCUCACACAACCGCAACCGCAUCAUCAUCCGCAGCAAACGCAUCUUCAACAACAAACACAACCUCCACAUCUUCAACAUCCUCAGUCGCAUCUUCAACAGCAACAGCCUCAUCUUCCGCCUCCACAGCAUCAACCACCAUCACACCUUCCUCAGCAACAAACUCAACCACAACCUAAUCACCAUACGCAACACGUUCAAUAUACGCCUGAUUGGCACAAUAUCAAUUUCAACGCUGCAACAGCUACAUCGAUAAAUCAAAGAAUGGAUUCAUCCAAGGAGAAAUACUUUCCGGUGAUCGAAGUGACUUCAAAUGACUUCAUUGGGCUUCCGAUGGCUGAAUUGCCAAAAAGUGAACACCAACAACAGCAACCCAUGGAUACGGCGGAGUUGCUCAGUUUUCAGAAUAUGUGGCCUGGAAACAAUCAGCAGAUGAAUUUCAACAACGGCAAUAUUGAAUCGAAUACGUACAACAAUAUUGGUAGUAUUUUGACUAAUCUCGAGCUAAUCGGCAACAAUUCCUCAAUGGAUUUCAACAACUACGAUAUAAUGAGUGAACAUCAAAUGGGCACUCAACAACUCCAGCAUCGUGCAUACAUACACCAGGACAUAGAUCCGAACAGUGGCAAUAUGAAUCACCCAGUGAUCAACUAUGACUAUAAUAGUCAGAAUCAUACAAUUACAGAUUUAUCUAAUACAAUGCAAAAUCAAAAGAACGAUUUUCAAUAUCAUCAAGCAAGCAAUUUCGACCCCUCGGUCGCAACAGGUAGUGGUGGUGUUUUUAAUCAAAAUGAAAACGAUAAGGUCAUACUACCACCGCUCACGGAUUAUAUGCAUCAGGCAACGAUGCAGCAGCAACAACAACAGCAACAACAAGGCGAUGUUAACAUUGUUUAUUAUCCCGUGAAAAAUUGACGAAUAAUGUAUAAAAAGCUAAGAAACAAAUUUUAUUAAUUUUAUUAUUAUUCAAUUUAUUGAUAAUAAAAGGAUUAAAAGUAAAGCAUCUUAUACAUUAAGAAAGGAGGCAAAAGCAUAUGAAAUAGAAAGUAAAAAGCAAAAGAUGAUUAAUUGAUCAUGAAAUGAUUUUUUAUCAAUAAAAAGAUUAUUGGAUUGUAAGAGAAUCAACAAAGUUUAGUUUUUAAGAGCAAAGAAUUUUUUGUUGAAUAAAGAUGUUUUAUUAAUUUUUUGUAAA